AUGGAAGGGGGAGGUUAUGCCACUCAGCGAGGGAUGGCCGAAGCGUCUGUUGCCGCCCAGGCCGCCGAACACGACCGCAUCAACUUUUCAAGAGGGAGCCUCGACGAGCUUGGCAUAAACUGGAGCCGACUUCGUCGGAUCGACCUCCGCUGGAUGGAGAAGCUGCUGGCUGUGGUCGACACGCUCCAGGUGUACGCGCUCAUGUGGUCCUUGAGCCAGCCCUGGCCCUGGCCUCGGCCUUGGCUGACCGCAACUCGAUGGACAGUUGUAGCUAACCUGGACGUGGUGAGCAUCCACGACGCGGCAAUGACGGUGACAGGGCCGGGCACCUAUUCUUCCCCGUGGGGGGAGCGCGAAGGCUACGUGUUCUACGCGUUCCUGUUUACGGUGGUUCCGGUCGGGAUACAAACGCUAUGGUAUUUCCGGAAAGUCCUCGCCGUCUUGUGGCUAGAUCGAAGGGUUCUCUUCCAUCGCAUCGUUCUGGGCGAGAGCAGGCCUUCACCCCCAGGCGCGAAGGUAGUCAGCACCCUUAUCGCGUUCGAGCGGGCGUUGUUGCUGUCGGCCCACCUCCUGUAUCUCCCCGUGCUGCUAGCGGUCAUCCGUCUUCUGCUUUGCGACGGUGACGGAACACUGUCCGUCGACCCUACUAUGAGCUGCCGAAGCGCGUCCUUGGUGCUGCCGGCGAUGCUAGGGUGCGGCGUUGUCAUUGCUUUCACACUGGAUCUGAAGAGGCAUACGACGAAUGCCGCCCACGCCGUGACGACGUACAGUGGGAAGUCUGACCACGAGAGGUUUUUGCAGCGGGUGGAGAUUGAGUACUCUCUGAACCUGUGCAAUGGGUGGGAGGCAGACCAUCUGUGGAUGGUCUGCAGCUUUCGUCGGCAUGCGGUUCGGUACAGGGUGUACAUGAUGUAUCUAAAGCUGGCCCUGGUUCUUGUCUACGCCUUUGGCCGGUCGAACCUGGAGGAUCAAGCGGUCAUGUUCUGGGGGCUCAUCACGUUCUGGUCUGUGUGGAGCUGCACGCACCCUCCUUAUCGAUGCCGUAGCUCCAACAGGCUCCACUACGUCUUACACGCAACACUCUGGCUGGACGCGCUGCUGGGAAUGAUGACCGGGUAUGGCGUCCGAGGGUCCUUGCUCGUGGCAAGCCGUCUGUUCAAGUUUAUGACGGCAACCAACCUUGUCGCCGCUGCAAUCGCCGUCGGGGUGAUCAUCGCGCCUCCGAUCGAGGAAGAGCUGGCGCGCCGCCGUCACAAGAAACGCGUCCUGCAAGCAGCACGAAGAAAUCGCGCCGCCCGUGCCUCUGGAAACGAUGACUCCUCCUCCGGCGAUAGCGCUGCCGUUGACGGCGGGGCCAUGUCCGCCACCAAUGGCUUGCACGACACCCCGGUAGCUGAAGGCGGCGCGAACGAUGCCCAUACCACGGCCCCUGGCCCUCUGGUGUAUCCUGAUCGGUGGCCGACGCGGGCGACGCUGAUUGCCCUGGCCAGUAACCCGCGGCGGCGAGAGUGGGUGGACGCUAUCCGAAAGGCCAAAGAGUUCCGCUUCCAGUGCGAAAUGUGUCCGAGGGGGCUCGAGCCCGUCCGCGCCCUGGAGGCCUUCAUGAGGCACGUGCGAGCUAUCUGGGCGGAGGCUAAGGCGGAGGACAGCGCCCUGGAGCCGGCGCUCGGGGCGGCCCUAGAGAGGCUCGCCCUAGUUCAUGCUCGCAUGGCUUACCGGGUCAAGCAGGAGGGUGGCGGCCUCACCGAGGCGCUCGAGGAAGCGCUGCUAGACCCGACCGUCGUUGCCGGCAUGCAACGGCGAAGGAGGGCUCAGGCGCUCAUGACCGACCGUCAGAAACGGGUAAUGAUCAAGCUGUUCGCCGUCUCGGCCUUCCUCAACCACCGCGACUUCCGCGACUCGUCCGCGGCGAGCGUUCUCCGCCUCCGGGACGAAACCGAACGAAUAUUCAGCCAGCCGCUCACGGCGGAUUCACGAGCAAGCGUGAAAACCAUCUGCAUGCAGUGGAAGCGCCUCAUUCAGAAGAGCGAGCGGGAGUAUGAGGAGGCCCACGGACACCCUCCUCUCCUGUCCGACAAAGAGGAAAACAGUGAGUGGUACGGGUUCUACAAGAAACUCCGGGCCGCUCUAGAAACUCUACCCGCUCCUGGCCCCUCAGACGGCGGUGGCAUCGCCGCCAGCACGCACGAAAGCGUCGGCGCCAGGAGGGACGACGACGCGUCUCUGUCGCUGACCCCCGAAGCUUCCGCGAGCCUCGUGACGCUCACCCGCGCCACGAAACAGCUUCUGGCGACAGGCGGACCGUCGCCGGGCGGCGGCUAUGGCGACGGCGGUGGGUUCGACGUCAACGCGGCAGACGCGUGUCGAAAGCAAUGGAAGCGAGCCAUCCGGGUCUGGGAGGGAGACUUCGAGAGGCGGACAGGAAACCCGCCAGGAGUCAGCGACAAGCAGCUCAUCAGGGACCACUACGACUACUAUCAGCGCCUCCGGGACUUGAUAGCGCGCAGCGGCCUGUAA